AUGGCGAGCCUUUUUUCGCUCGUCACCUCGGUAUACGAACUGACGCACGUCGGAGCGGCUAAGGCUGUACAACGGUACUGCCACCACUGUCACCCCGAUACACCCCGUACCACUACCGUGCCCAUGGUUUCGCUAAUGGCAUUGAUCACGAAGGUUCGCGGCGAAAGAGUCAAUACCCAAAGCAUGGCGGCGAUCUACCCCGUGACG